AUGGCUCCUCCGUCGCGUGCAUUCGCCGACGCGGCUGCCGCUGCUCUUCGGGGUCUCCAGUGCUCCGGACCGGGAGCUAUUGAUGUCGCCACCGACACUUCGGGUCGUCGUCCGGCGCGCCAGGCUCGUUCGCCGGCCUCGGCCGCGCCUACAGGUGACCCUACGCUCAUUCCUGCCGCCUCUGGGACCUCGGUCGACCCCCCACCGGCUCCUCCAAGUAGUCCUGAGUCUGGUGCUGGGGCGACCGAGACUCCCUCGCCGACAGAUCCCAGUGAAGAGGCUCCCGACUCGCCGCCGACACCGCCGCCAAGCGCCAGCGCUCCACCGUCGCCAACUCCCGCGCCUUUGGUCACGUUGGCAACUCGCGGGGCGUCGGUUCCUCCGACAGCGGUCGUCUUGGGCGAGCAGCAGAUGCUGGAACUCGCUCGUCUCGUCGUGGGUGUUGCCCGUUUACCUCCAGCUCGAGUCAACGCUGCUCUCGACCACAGCCUGCAAGCUGCUACUAGCGUCGGUGAGGUGCUGGCUGAUGAACUGGUGGCCCUCCGCCGCGAGAACGACCGGCUGCAGUCAGAGCUCUCCGACGCCAAAGAUAAACUCGCUGAAGAGAUGAACCUGCGGACCAAGUCGGACUACUUCCUCGUCUCGGCCAACUCCGAGUGCGACCAAGCUCUGGACCUCGUCCAGGACAUACGCGUCCAGCUCAGCAACGCCAGCGCUCAGUUGAUGCAAGCGAACGCGGCCAUCACUCACCACGCUGACAUCACUCAGUCGUUGGAGAAGCGGACGCUCGUUGCUGAGGCCGAUUCGGCCGCUGCUUUGGAGAGGCUUCGCAAGCAGUUGGCCGACCGCGACCGAGCAAACGUCAUCCCCGCACGCAUUCAAGCGUUGACGGACGAGAACAACAGCUUGCGGCGAGCGAAUUCUAUCCUUCGUCGGCACUCGGCAACACACGGACUCGACGUCCUGGCCUCAGCCGGCAUCUCCGCCGCAGAGAUUGAUUGGAAUCUACUCGGGCUGUCCCCACCGACGGUCACUGUCGAGAGUCCACGCCAUGACGAAUCCUCGUCAGAGGAGGGAGAGGAGUCCAAGACGACCGACGUGCCGAUAACUGAGUCCACCGAGGCUACGUCCGCUCCCGCUGCUUCGGUGGGCGCUUCGGCUGGCUCCCCGGUCUCCACUGAGUCGUCAUCGCGCAAGCGGGGCCGGCAAACCGAGUCUGCUUCCGUCGGGAAUACGGCAUCCCAGCCUCCUCCUCACAAACGCUUCGGCAGACCGUCAGUCGACCUGAGGGCCAGGGUUGCAGCGGCCGCCGCGCCAUCUAGUCCUCGUUCGGCAUCAGGAGAGAUUUACCCGCCUCCUCGGUCGAUGGUGCGUCCUCCAACGACGGCUCGCUCAAGCUGGUUGGAGUCUCAGCCUCUCCCGUACGAACACUCAGACGUCCCCUUGUAUCUUUGGCUGGCCAGUCGUGCCUCGCCUCCCUCGCCAGCCCCAGCCCAGCAGCAGGAAUCGUCUGACGUGGAGUUUGGAGGGGGUAUGAGUCCUAGCGACACUUCACAAGAUAACCUUGAGCCCGGCGAGGUUCCGGGGGUGUCGGCCAGCGCUCAGGGUGUUCAAGGUUCUGCUACCGAGCCUUCCGGUACUGUCAUCGAGGUUCCUUCCGAGGUUUCGCCUCCGGCGGCGACUUCCAUUCCUUCACCAGUCUCGUCUGGUACAGCCGUCGUUGGCCGUGCCCCUCGAGAAUCGGCUGCUGGGGUCACCGAGGGCUCUGGCGGCCCGCCAGACCGUUCACCUAGCGGUGAGUCGCCUCAUGAGUCUGAGACUUCCGAGGACCGCGCAGCGUUGUUCCUGGAGAUGUUCGGCCCCGACGAAAGAGAGGAAAUCUCGGUGGCGCAACCUGUCACUCCUUCGGAGCCUCCUUCUCCUCUGGCUGCCGCGAACCGGGUUCCUCUAGCUUCACAAGCGGCCACCGUGCCACUCCCGAGUCGACUCCACACUCGGUCGGCCUCUGUUCACGCUCGGGCGAUGGUAACAGCAACGGUGACAGCUUCACCGAGGACUGGACCUGCGUCGAUUGCCCCAGCAGUGGUUGACGCUUCCGACGUAGCUCCUGGAUCGCGUAAGCUCAGUGGUCUUGCUACCCUGUUCUUGGAGCCGGGUUUCACGGCACCCGGAGAGUCGGAAUGCUGGCAUCUCAUCCAAAACGCCAGUAUCCCCCUCGUCUUCGAGGACGACUUGGUCGCCCCCAGUUCAGUGGAUAGAAUCGUGGGGUUUGGCUUGUGGACGGAUCCUGCUCACCCCUUCCAAGUGUUGCGCCAGCUUUUCUCAGACGAGCCUUGUUUGAUCGAUACGACGGGUUUUCCAUCCUCGGUGGCUAUAUCCCGUCGUGCAACUGGUCGGGCUCUUCUCGUUCGCCUAUGGUGGCAGUUCCAGGGGUACUCCUACCACUCCACCGAGAGGGGCGACCUUGGUUUCGCCUUGUGGGAGUGUCGCCACUGGAUUAGGGGUAAUGCUGUCAAGGCGUAUAUCGACAACCUCUCCAGCACCCUCGGUCAGCGCAACGUGCAAGCCCUAGCGCUUCGACAAGCGUGGUCCAAGUACCACCGAGAGCGCAGUUAUCGUGCAGAUCGCUUGCGAGACCAGAUGCUCCACAAGGUGUGGAAUGGGGCCAUUACGUACGACGGACAACCUCCACAGCACCGCACCGAGGUUUUGCUGGAGCCGUCGUACCUGCAAUACUCGUUCGAGGAGAUGGAGUGGGCCCCCACUACCGACGACUGGGCCUCCGAGGUGGCGGACGUGGAUGCCCGCGAGCCGUGGCGUAACGGUUGGUUCCAAGCGCCGGCAGACCACCCCUACAAAACGGCUUUCGCCCCUUGUAACAACGUCCCGUUGUUGGUCCCCAACGGAUCGACUCGGGAAACCGUGGCGUCGUCGGUCGUGGUCGAAUCUUCUCUGCGGACUUCGAUGGUGGUCGCUCCAUGGGUGGCCGAGUUCGCAAACGCUCGUCGUUCUCGCUCUCCAAGCCCCGAUGAGGAGACGAAGGAGUCGGGUGAAGCUUCUUCCGCCGCCGGGUCAAGUUUGGGCGUGUUGGCUCAGGCUGUGAUAGAGAUUUAG